UUCGUGUGGUGUGCAUUUAAAGAAUGAGGCAAAAUGAAGCAUUUUCUUAUUUUCCAAAUUCAUAAAUGUGUAAAAUUUUUAUAAUUCUUAAACAAGAUGCCAUUAGCUCAUUUAGGUGAUCCUUUCAAAGUCAACGUUGCUAAAACAACCCAAUGUGCUUUAGAAGAUAUGGUUGUUGACGAACAAAAUGGCUAUGGUGAUCACAACAAAAUAGAAACAAACAAUGAAACGUAUCGGGAGAUUGAAGUUAAAAAUGUUACAAAAGAUGGGCAUCCCAAAGCUGAUCCUUCCCAUUUUGCUUUAAUUAAAAUGCUUGGUCAAGGCUCUUUUGGAAAAGUUUUCUUAGUAAGAAAACUUACGGGACCUGACGUAAAUACACUGUAUGCAAUGAAAGUUUUAAAGAAAGCUUCAUUAAAAGUUAGAGAUAGAGCUCGAACAAAAUAUGAAAGAGAUAUUCUUGUUGAAGUCCAUCAUCCUUUCAUUGUUAAAUUACAUUAUGCAUUUCAGACUGCAGGAAAGCUGUAUUUAAUAUUGGAUUUCUUGAAAUGUGGAGAUUUAUUUACAAGAUUGAGCAAAGAUGUCAUGUUUACUGAAGAUGAUGUGAAAAUAUAUCUUGCUGAAUUAGCUUUAGCAUUAGAGCAUUUACAUAGUCUUGGAAUUAUAUAUAGGGAUUUAAAGCCUGAAAACAUUCUUUUGGGUGAAGAUGGUCAUAUAUGCCUUACAGACUUUGGAUUGUGUAAGGAAUCCUUGAAUAACGAAAAGGCAUUUUCAUUUUGUGGCACAGUAGAAUAUAUGGCACCUGAAGUGAUAAAUCGCAGAGGCCAUACCACAGCUGCUGACUGGUGGUCAUUUGGAGUUUUAAUGUUUGAAAUGCUGACUGGAUCACUUCCAUUCCGUUCCUCUAAUAAGAAAGAAACUAUGAAUCAAAUCUUAAGAGCAAGAUUACAAAUGCCCCAGUACCUUAGUGAACCUGCCCAAAGUCUAUUACGCUGUUUGUUUAAACGUAAUCCUGAUAAUAGAUUAGCCUCUGGUCACGAAAUUAGAUGCCAUUCUUUUUUUGCUUCUAUCAAUUUUGAAAAACUCCUUAGGAAAGAGGUUAAACCACCAUUUAUACCAACUGCAGCACUUUUUUCACUUGAAAGUUUAAUACCUAGAGAAGUUGAAGAUUCUCCUGGUAUACCAGCUAGUGCCACUGCUCAUGAACUUUUCAGGGGUUUCAGCUAUGUUGCUACAAAUUUCUCUGAUGAUGACAAUGUACCAAAUAAAAAAAGCAUUUGCCCUCGAAGUGAAAUGGGGAUGUUUAAAACUACCUUUUAUAAAGAAUAUAAAACACUCGAUAUUCUUGGUUUUGGGUCUUACUCAGUUGUUAGAAGGUGCUUCAGUAUUUCCACUGGAAAGGCAUAUGCUGUUAAGAUAUUAAAAAAAGGUUUGCGGGAUUAUACAGAAGAAAUAGAAAUAUUAUUUAGGCAUGGGAAACAUCCUAAUAUUAUAACAUUGAAUGAUGUUUAUGAAGAUGAGAGCUGUGUAUUUUUAUUGAUGGAAUUAAUGCAAGGUGGUGAAUUGUUAGACAGAAUACAGAAAUAUGUAUCUUUUUCUGAACGAGAAGCAAGUGCUAUUUUAGAGGUUAUAGCCAGCACUGUAAAUUAUUUACAUGAAAAUGGAGUUGUUCAUCGUGAUUUAAAGCCAUCAAAUAUAAUGUACUCUAGUUCAUCUAAUAAUCCUACAACUCUGCGGAUUUGCGAUUUUGGAUUUGCCAAACAAAUGAAAGCAGAAAAUGGAUUAUUAAUGACACCAUGUUAUACUGCAAAUUUUGCUGCUCCUGAAGUGUUGAAAAAACAAGGAUAUGAUGAGGCUUGUGAUAUAUGGAGUAUGGGGGUAAUACUAUGCACCAUGCUAACAGGGUGUUCACCCUUUGUAACUGGACCACAUGAUGAUAUUGAAAAUAUUUUAUCAAAAUUAGAAGCAGGGGAAAUAGAUAUGUCAACUGAUAAUUGGAGAUAUGUAUCAGACACAGCAAAGGAUCUGGUUAGAAAAAUGUUGGAUCAAAAUCCCAAAAAUCGAUACAGAGCUUCAGAUGUUCUCAACCAUGAUUUCAUUCGUGCUAGGUUUUUCUUACCUGAUUCAACUCUGAAGAUUGCUGACUUACAGGCAGCUAAGGCUGCUGUAAACAUUACUUUCCAAGCAAUGAACAUAUCACCCCGUUCUCCAAAGUUGUUAUCGGUGGAUGCCUCUGACCUUGCUCGUAGACGAAAACAAAGAAAAACACUCCAGCCAAAUAAUUAAUAUAAUUGUCUUCCACUACAUCAAGUUUUUUUAAUUGAUCUUGAAUGGAAGAGCAAUAAUUUAUCUUUGUCAUAAAAAUUGAGUAUGAAAUUGAUAUUUUAAUAGGAUAAAUUUUAAUUGUAUUUUGAAAAUACCUUAAUCUAUUUCAUACAGUAUGUAAUGAUACAUUCCAACCUUUAAUGUGUGUUCAAAAUUCUGUAGGAAUAGUUUAUCUUACAGUCUUUGUAGGGAUUUUAAAUUUACUUACUUAUCUAUCUACUUAUAUGUAAAUAUUUUUCUCUCAUUGAAAAUGAGAAUCAGUUUGACUUAAUUAUAAUCUGUAGUUUGUCUUAAUUUUAUUUAACGUUUUAAUAUUUUUUUUUAUUUUUAUAUUUUAGGUUUUAUUAUUAUUAUGGUUAUAAUGAGAUGCUCAACUUUUAGUAAUUUUAAUCAAUGCAUUUGUUAUUGAAUCAUGAAAGAUACUUAUUUGUGUGCUGUCUCACUUCAGGGAAAUUACAUUGUAAACAGUCCUAUAUUCUGGUGGUUUCAUUUUUUUUUUUUCCCCUCUUAUUUUUCUCACUUUGUGGGAAAACUUUUUGAAUUACUGUUAUUCUAUAUAUGCAGUAAUAUAUAUGCCUUUCAAUGCAAUAUUUUUCAAAGUAUUUGAGGAUUUUCCUCCCAUUAUAUUUCUAAGAAUUUUUAGUAUGAAGUUAAUCAAAAAAUAUUUGUUGUUUAAAUGAAAUAUAAUAAUUUGAUUUGAAGAAAAUAAAUAAUCCUUGUUACUUUUACAUUUUAUCAUAUUUUCAUCCUAUACUAAUAUAGUAUUAUUAAAUAUCCAUCCUAU